GGUUAUAUAGAGAGAGAAUUCACGGCCGGACGGCGAGAAGACAACAAAACCAGGCCGAUUCUAGAGAGAGAGAGGUAGAGAGAGAAAUAGGGAAGAGGAUGAAGUUUGUGGUGAAAGCAUGGAGCAAUGGAAGUAAAGCAAGGGCAGGGGUUGUUCAGUUGGAGAGCUGCCCGUAUCCAGUAGAAACUCCAGCACUACUCCUUUCGGCCCGUAAAGGGCUGCCCGCUUUCAUCUCCCCUGACCUCCUUCCCUCCCUCCCUUCCCCUGAUUCCCACCUUCUUCAAACUAGUCCUCUUCACUUCAGCAUGGAGGGUCUGUCUUCCAAAACAAUAGCAAAUAUUGGAGGACUGCACAAGAUGGUUGGUUUGCAAGAAUAUGGAUUUGCUGCAGUCCUAAGGGAUUCUGUUGUAUGUCUUCCGGAAUUCAAUAGCACUAACAAGACUGGAGCAUCUUUUGAGACUCCUUGUGGUCGUGUCUUGAUAAAACCUGUAGAGUUUAUGGGGAUGAUUUCUUCCAUGAAACCAAACUUAUGGGCCUCUUUAGCCGAUGAAGUACCAGCUUGGGUUUCCGAGAAGAGGAAUAAAACCUCGGUAGAUCGUACUGUGAGAUGGCUUGAUGAUUGCAUAUCAUUAAACAUGACAGGUGGAGAUGUUUUUGGAGCCAUUGUUGGAGGCUCUAGCAUGGAAGAACGCCGACGUUGUGCACAGGAAGUUGUGAGGCGAAAUGUAUCAGGUUAUUGGAUUGGGGGGUUUGGGCUUGGAGAGAGCAUGGAUGAGCGCACUGCUCUUCUUAAUGCAGUUACAGAUAAUUUAACAGAUGAAAAGCCGCGGCAGGUUUCUGGCCUUGGACUUCCAGAGGAGGUCUUGCAGGGUGUUGCUGCUGGCAUUGAUCUCUUUGACUCCACGUAUAUUUAUCAUCUUACACUUGGAGGCUUUGCACUUACCUUUCCGCUCUGCAAAAUCGAGGGACGUGCAUCUUAUUCACAGUUAAGUGAUAUAGGAAGCGACCACACCAAGAUUAAUCUGAAAGCAACAAUAUACAGGAAAGAUACGUCGCCAAUUCUCGAUAGCUGUGGCUGCCAUACUUGCCAGAAUCAUACAAAAGCAUACAUUAAUCAUCUACUCAAUGUCCAUGAAAUGCUGGCUCAGACUCUACUAGAAAUACACAACACUCACCAUUAUCUGGGGUUCUUCCGCGCAAUCAGGGGAGCAAUCCACAAAGGGAAGUUUGAGGAAUUUCGGCAAAAGUUCAUUGAAAGUAGGUGUGAUCAUCUUUUCACAGCUGCUCUAUGUGCAUGAAAUAUAAUAUUAUCUGAGCAAAUUAUAGUUCGAGACAUACAUUCUAAUUUACUAGAUUGUAUUUCCUUUCAAAUUAUAUGAUCGAUUAAGAGGAAAAUGGUCAAUAGCAUAGAUCAUCUAUUAUUAUACUGCAAUACCAGACUUGAUCUUCUUCUAAGAUGUGAUUGUCAUCAGAACACUGAUCAUUCCAAAUUUAUUACUAUAUACUGCAAUGUCUCUCAUUCUCAAACAAA